GUUCACGUGCACCCGGGUGGGUCGAGCCAAGCGAGCCGCUGCAGCCCAGCUGCGCGCAGUUCUCGGUGGCUGCCGGGCGCCCAGGGCUUCCGCCGGUCAGCUGACCACCCAGUGCGGAACUGCGCCGCCCGCCGUGCUCAGUGCAGCCCGCCCGCCGUGUCCCCGCCACCAUGGCUGGGCUCGUGGUCAGUGGAACUCAAGUGUCUUAUAUAGGCCAGGACUGCAGAGAAAUCCCAGAGCAGCUCGGCAGGGACUAUGGACAUUUUGCAAAGAGGCUUGAUUUGAGCUUCAAUCUGUUGAGGUCACUGGAAGGACUGAGUGCAUUCAGGAGCCUGGAGGAACUCAUCUUAGACAACAAUCUACUCGGUGACGACCUCGUGUUGCCACGGUUACCCCACUUGCACACCUUAACCCUCAACAAGAACCAAAUUACUGAUUUGGAGUACCUCCUGGACCACCUGGCCAAAGUGACACCAGCCCUGGAGUACCUCAGCCUGCUGGGAAACGUGGCGUGUCCCAAUGAGCUGGUCAGCUUGGAGAAGGAUGAGGAGGACUAUAAGAGAUACAGGUGCUUUGUUCUGCACAAGUUGCCGAAUUUGAAGUUUCUGGAUGCCCAGAAAGUCACCAGACAAGAACGGGAGGAGGCAUUGGUCAGAGGGGCCUUCAUGAAGGUGGUGAAGCCUAAGGCUUCCAGUGGGGAUGAUGCUGCCUCUCCUGAGGACCACCUCCAGUACACACCCUUGCCUUCUGCAUCCAGAGAGCUCACCAGUCACCGAGGUGUCCUGGCGAAAGGUCGCUAUUUUUACUAUGGAAGAAACUCAGAGGGUAAUAGGUUCAUCCGAGAUGACCAGCUUUGAAGCUAAAUUCUACAUGCCAUAGCCUAUGUCGUGACAAUAAAAUGCAAAGGCCAGAAAAA